GCAGGCCCAUCCGGCCCAGCACGUCCCGACGACUCCACGCAGAGGAGGAGGAGGAGGAGGAAGGAAACCCACGAGGGCACGAGGCCGUCGUACACCCGCCGCCGAUCACGUCGACGGAGGCGGCCGGAGCCCACUCUGGCAGGCCGUGCGAUCUCACAUGGCGCCGGUGGAGACGCGGUCGAGGGCAGGAAGGGGGCGGCCGGCGGGGUCCCGAUCAUCCCCUGUGCGCCGCCGGGACGGCGGCGUGGCUGCCUCCCCUGGCUCCCAAUCGGCGGCAUCAACAGAGCGGAGGAAGAAGAACCGAGGUUCGAAGAGGAAUUUGUCCGAUGGGAGCGGUGAGGACGGGAGGCCGGGUAAGAAGAUAAAUCUGGAGGAGGAGGAGUUGGAGGAGGAGAGGAUGCCACUGGAGGACGAGGCCUCUGCUUGCAGUUCUUGCAGUUCUCCGCUAUGUGAGCCAUACAUACCUCGAGUGGUGAUUGGAUGCAAUGCUAAGGGCAAGGAGAUUUAUAAGCCAAUCGAAUGUGAUGAGUUGAGGGCACUUGAUCUGUGGGAAGCGAAAUACCAGGCAAAAAGAGAUCGGCAAAUGAACUUGUGCACUCUAAAACCAUGCAUACCUCCCACAUGCCUAGUCGAUCCGAAGCUUCUUCACAUCCGUGAAUCUUCAACUGAAACUGUUCUUCGUGCUGCCAAGUUUGUCAUGGGUCUUUCAUCUUCUGUAGAUGGUAAUCCACUAUCACAGUGUUCUGGUUUCAUUGUCGAUUGGGAUGACAAGAGCAAGACGGGAAUUAUCAUGACAUCAGCACUUCUUAUUUGCAAAAAGUCUUCACACACAGACGAUUGGAAAUAUGCAAGCCAAUAUGCUACUGAUGCUCAGGUUGUUGUGCACUUUGUGGAUGGUACCACUGUAGAGGGUCAAUUUCUCUAUUGUCAGGAGCAUUACAAGAUUGCUUUCUAUAAGAUUGUGCUGGAUAAACCCACUCACUUGCCCUCUUUUAAUAAGGGAGUAAAAUGGGCUGAAGAAGUCUUCAUACUGGGAAGAGAUGGAAGUUCACAUCUGAGGAUAAGCCAUGGUAGGGUGCAGUAUUUAAAUGCACAUGUGAAUGAACGCCAUCACUAUAUGUACAUUCAUGGUGUCGAUGCAGCUUCUGAGUACUACAACGGGGGGCCAGUCAUUGACUUCAGAGGAGAUGUUGUGGGCAUGUAUAACCUCAGUACAAGGGGGUCUUUUAUUCCUUCUAACAUCCUACUUAAGUGCUUGCAGUUGUGGAAGAAGUUUCACUACAUCCCUCGACCACAUCUUCAGUUGAAGCUCUGGGGCAUCAAAUUUCUUGAGCCUGCCCAUAUUGAGAUAAUAUCUUGCAAGUGCAACAUUGAUGAUGGUCUUAUUGUUGAAGAGGUGUCAAUAGGUUCUUGCGCUGAGAGACUUGGGGUUAGAGUUGGUGAUAUUAUUGAAUGCUUCAAUGGAAAAUGUAUUUCUUCUACUGUUGAGUUAGAAAAUAUGCUGCUGCAGAUCUUGGAGGAUCAUUUUGAUGAAGGAAAUAGUCUUGAUUCUACAAUAGAUAUUGAGAUUGGAGUAUUCCACACACGCAAAGGUGUUCGGAGCACACUGAAUUUGACAACAAAUGUAUCUGACAAGGGAGAAGUUGUUGUAAGAGGCGAUUUACCCAUCACCGGAGAAAAGAUUUAUACAAGUUGUCCAAUUGACCAAGCAGAUCCAGACGAUUCUCAAAUCUCUCUCACGGGUAGAACAUCAUCAUCACCAAGAUCACUUGACCAUGAAGAUUUAGGUUCUCCCCAUUCUCCCACUCGCGAAGAGAGGACACCCACCUGAAUAUCCACCAGCUGGACCAAGCUUCGUUUUAAACUGAUCCGUGCUUACUUUUGCUUAUCAACUUGUACAUAGAUAGUCUCAUCAUACACCACUUGCUCUCUUCUACCCCUGGGCCCUGCUAAUUGUAAUCUCACUACACGCCACUUCUGUUCUCUUCUCCAUUUUCUUGGAAUUCAACGGUUCUUUUAUACUCCCUGUGUUUUUUUGGGCCAUGUUUUUUUCUCCAA